AUGCUGCGCCGCCGCGGAGCCUUCAGCGUGGAGCUGCGCCGCGGUGACCUCGAUGGUCCCUGGGAGACAGCGGAGAGCUGCGUGGUGCGCACCUCCGCCAGCGUCUACCGCCGGCUGCAAGAGAGCCCACGGCAGCCCCUGGGGGGGAUGAGCACCUGGGGACCCCCCCCACCGCCACCCCUCUCCUCCGGCAGCCCCCCAGCAAGCGGGCGGCUUCUCAAGUCGGAGUCGGAGGACUCCGGGGUGGAGAUGGCCAGCAACGAGCACUCGCCUUCCACCCCCGUGGGCUCCGAGAGCAGCUUCUCCCUUGACGGCUUCCCACCGGAGAAGAGCCCCCCUGGAGAGGAGCCGGGCACCGAGCCCCCCCGGCCGCCCCGCAGCCGCUCGGCCAGCAAGAAGCUGGUGCAGGUGGCGCAGCGCAGCAAGAGGCAGCGGGUGCCCGGGCGCUGCCCGCGACAGCUCGGCCGAUGCAGUGCCAGCGCGGCCGACCUGUGGGCAGAGCCGGCACGGGACCCCCGGGAGCCGGAGGAGCCCAGCGUGGAGGACCCCGAGGGAUCGGUGUCCCCCGCUUGCCCACAGGCUGUGCCGGAGGCGGUGCUGCCCGUGCCCGGGCAGGGGCUGCGGUACCUGGAGCACGUCUGCCAGAUGCUGGAGCGCUUGGCCCGGCUGCAGCAGGACAACCGGCUCCUCCGGCAGCAGGCGGCAGAUGCCCGGCGUACCCGCCCUGACACCGUGCCCAGCCGGGAGCCGCUGGGGCAGGAUCUGGCCAUGCGGAGGGGCGAGCGGUUCCGGCCACGCUCCUGCUCGGACAGCCAAGCACCAGCACCGGACCCUGGGCCGUGCCGGAGGACGUGGGGUCACUCGGCCAGCUCCCCCAGCCUGCUGGACCCCUCCGAGAGCGGGGCGGGGGUCCCGACACUGGACAAGGACGGGCGCUCGCACUGGGGCCGGGUGAAGGUGCUGCUCACCCGCCUGACCCGUCGCUCGUUGCGGGGCGGCCGCUGCAGGUAG